AUGGGCAGGUGUUAUGUGGACCAUGCUACUGGCCAAGAGUACAUUGAGAGAAGUUUACGGACAAUAGCUGCAGGAAACCAGAAUGCACGGUGCAUCCCCGGGCCACGCCCCCGACCCCCGGCCGGGCCGGGCCCAGAAAGGGGCGCUGUCUCUUUAAGGCGGCGGCGCGGGCGCCCCCUGGCGGCGGCGGGGCGGAGGCCGCCGGGCCCCGGGAAAAGAGGCGUAGAAGUAGUACAGCUUGAUCUCACCAAACCCAUUGAAGAUCAGGGCCCUUUGGAUGUGAUCAUACACAAACUGACAGAUGUAAUCCUUGAAGCAGACCAGAAUGACAGCCAAUCACUGGAGCUGGUUCACAGGUUCCAGGAGUACAUUGAUGCUCAUCCAGAAACCAUUAUCCUGGACCCUCUCCCGGCUAUUCGUACACUUCUGGAUCGAUCCAAGUCUUACGAGCUAAUUCGGCAAAUAGAGGCAUACAUGCAAGAUGAGAGGAUCUGUUCACCACCCUUUAUGGAGCUGACAAGUGCCUGUGGAGAAGACACCUUGCAGCUUAUAGAGAAGAAUGGACUGGCAUUCCCAUUCAUUUGUAAAACCAGAGUGGCCCAUGGAACCAACUCUCAUGAGAUGGCGAUCAUCUUCAACCAGGAAGGCCUCAAAGCUGUUCGUCCCCCUUGUGUCAUUCAGAGCUUCAUCAAUCACAAUGCUGUGCUCUAUAAGGUUUUCGUGGUUGGGGAAUCCUACACCGUGGUGAAAAGACCAUCUUUAAAGAACUUCUCUGCAGGCAUCUCAGACAGAGAAUCAAUAUUUUUCAACAGCCACAAUGUUUCCAAACCAGAGUCCUCAUCUGUCUUAACAGCACUGGAUAAAAUUGAAGGAGUGUUUGAGCGGCCAAAUGACGACGUCAUCAGGGAAAUCUCUAAAGCGCUGCGGCAAGCUCUGGGAGUGUCCCUCUUUGGAAUUGAUAUCAUCAUUAACAAUCAGACUGGGCAGCACGCAGUCAUUGACAUAAAUGCAUUCCCAGGUUAUGAGGGUGUUUCUGAAUUUUUCACAGAUCUGCUGAACCACAUAGCUGCUGUCCUGCAGGGUCAGGUACCUGAGGUGACCCAACUAAACCGCAGCAAGCUGCUGGCAGAGCAGAGCGCUGGGAUCAUGGACGAGCGGAUAUGCUGUGCUAGCACAGGCUGCCUCAGCGUCAUGGGAAAAGACUCCUCCUGGAUUGUGGAGAGUGAGACCAACAGCCCAGUGAAACUGCAACACCAGAGACUAGGCUGCAACUCAGCAGUGUCCCCCAGCUUCCAGCAGCACUGCGUUGCCACAUUGGCAACAAAAGCUUCUUCUCAAUAACUUGCCAAUGCCAUGGACUGAGAAAAAGCCCCAGGGAUACAAAUUGUGGUCCCAGAACCAGAUCAGGCUUUAACAAUACAAUUGACAAAAAAAUGGGAAAAAAACCCCACCAUAGAACACAACACAAAAAAGGAAAAUAAAAAAACUUUCCAUUUGAUUUAAUCUAAUUUGCUGAUGAAACGGACUGAAAGGGGAAGAGCGAGAAAGUGAUCCAAAUCCAUUUCAUCAGAUUCCAGUUGCAAAUUUGUAGUGAGUUUACACACACCUGUGUUUUAACACUAGUCCUUUCAUUGUGGGAGGGUUGCUCUUUCAUUUCUAUUGUUCUUUGUAAUCACCGGUGACCAGCAUUUUAAAAUCGGACCUCAUGGUGUCAAGAAGAUAAUAAUGUUGAAAUGCAGUGUCUGAAUGUAACAGUGCUAGAGAUUUUUGCCUAAAAAAUUCCCCAUUCCUCUUUUUUCCAGGUAGGCCGUUGCAUAAGAAAGCUAAUACAACUUCAGUAUCACUAAACCAAAUCUUUUGAAAUGUUGACCAGGCAUGAUGUUGGCAGGUAGCUUGCUGUGAAGCUGCUGCACUUUGAGUAGGACAGAGCAGCUUGCUUCUUUUCAGGGCACAGAACAAGGUGACCACCCUUGUUCCAGCUUUGCAGUUCUCCCCCCAGGCCUCAUUGCUUCACUCAAAUCGGCUUCUAACCACACUUGCCAACAGCAACACAUUUCACCCAGAGAGGGUGCCAGUAUAGGUUGAGUCAUUUAGUAGAUUAAAUAACAUACUUUCAUUUGUCUGCUAGUGCUGAAAUCCUAGAAGAGUUAAUGGGAGCAGCGCGUCUCUGAGCAGGGAGUUUAAUUCUCCCUCCACUGCUUUUGUGAGCGCUCUGGGACAGCUCUGGGAAAAGGCUGGCAGAGCUGUGCAUUUUCCUUGGAGCAGCACACCUGACCUGGGUAUCCUGACGGGUAACAGUCGCUGCCUUCCAUGCUGUUGUACAUUUUUUUCUGUAAAAUAGAAACAAAAUUGUGUACCUUCAUAUAAGGUAGAAGUACAGGACAGCUCUAGCUUGGAGACCCCAUUACUUUGUUGCAAGCUGCCAGGCGAGGCCAUAUGGUAAUUUACAACAGUGCUUUAUACUAUUUGUAAACUAUAGCACAGCCAAUUUGUAUCUCUUGAGAUAUCUUCUAGUAUGGCAGCAUCUUCUGCUGUUGCGAAUUCCUGCAACUUUUGCCAGUUCUGAACACUAUAUUGGAAAUAUCCAAGUGCUAAGAACAGAAACACUAUUUUGGUAGAAGUGGCCUUCUCUUCCCCUUAUUAGCCCUAAAAUAUUUUUAAGAAGGGUGGUGUUGAGAAAAUUUCCUUAGUUAAGCUCCUAGCUUGCAAAUACAGGAAUUUCUGUCUUUUCUAUAGCACAUGUUCAUAAAGCAUCUGUCACUGCAGCAUUUAAUACCAGUUUGGUUGGUAUCAUGUGUUAGAUGGCUGCUCAAAAGGAAAGGGUCUAGAACUUAAGCCCAGGUAGAUUGGGUUUAAAGAGGAUUAAACUGUGUAAAAGAUGUCACCGCCCUACCUGAUGGUACCAAUCCUAGAGAGGAAAAAGUUUUGAAGAGUCUUAUGUAGCAGUUCUUUUAUGUAAACAAUGCUUUUUCCGUAGGAGAGAUUGGUCUUCUUCCAAAAUGCCAUUCUUGGGAACUUCCUGUAGCCAGGAUUGAAUUUUUCAGGAUGAUUUACAUAAUAGAAGAUAAUUCCACUUCCAGAGGGAUUACUAACUUUAAAAUAUUUCUAUAGGGACUGUAAGAGCCUUAUGAGUGUGGUAUCAGUCAGAUCCCAGGGUGCACAUAAGCACAGCCAACUUCCUCAAGUGCUGCAGUUGUGUUCUGAGCUGGGCACCCUUCAGAACCCUUGUAUGCUUUGAGGCUGCUGGAUCCCGUGUUGUCUG